CUUCAACACGGAGUUGGAUCGGAUAAGUAUUGCCAAAGUUUUUUGCAUUUUCGAAGAGACGCCAGACAGCGCCCGGGUCCUUGUGGUCCUCUUGUGCCAGAAUGUUCAUCAGGAUGAUCAACCCUCUCAGCAGAUCAAGGAGUCGCACUUGAUGAUCUGGAGCCAUGACAUGCAUUUUGCCUCUCUGCAAUGAGUUUUACUGCCUUAUCGGGCAGUCGCGUUAGGUAGACGGAUCGAGGCGGGGCCACCGCGAUCCACCGCGACGGAUGUCGCAAUUUUUUGCUGCACAGAGGACAAGCGGGAGCUGCCUUUUGGUGCUCGGAACAUGAUGGAAGAACAAAUUUUUCAAUUCGCUAUGUGUCGUGGAUAAAAUUCGGAAUUUGCGGGUGACCGCGUAAAGUGCUCUUCGGCGGGGACAGAUUUUUGUUCCUCGCGAGCAAAAUACCAGAGGCGGUGUAAGUACUAACAACUUGUUGUUCGUGCAGCUGCCCACAAUGAACGUCCCUAUGAUGGACGACGACAACCCGAGCGCCUCGCUGUUGCGGCAGGUGACCCCGUCGCGGUAUGCCCAGUACUACUUUCCCCACGACAACACGCGAACUAUCCGCAACGGGUUUUUCCACGGGAUCCUCUACGGAACCAGGAUACGCGUGGUGGACGCGUUAGUGAAGACGUGGCUGUUCGCCAGUGAAAACAAGGUACUCACGCCGGCGUUUUUCAUUAACACCAUCACCAACGCAGCCUUCGACCACGGAAGCUCGCUCGGCCUAAACGUCGCGCUCGCGAAGACCUGGCUCUUUCUGUUGAGAAGGUAAGGACGGAGGGUGUUUGUAGUAUUUGGCGGCGUAUUUGUUGUACCUGUUAAACCUAAAAAUCAAAAUGUGAUGAACUCAAUAAACAGCUUCUAGAUACUUACUUUUUACCGGUGCAAAUUCCUCACUCUUUGUGACUUGUUCAGAGCAGAACGAAAUCCAAACCGACUGACAGGAUAACGCCGGGGAAUUUCGAGCGCCCGUGGCACUGGUUCGUGUCGGGCUUUUUGUCGGGCGGUAUCGUUUGGGGCAGCAAAUUAUGGAUUGUAAAAAUGUCUGGGUCUGGAAGGUUGGAACUUGUAAUGCUAGCUUUCCAUACCUAGAAAAUCUGUAUUGCAUAACCAACAAAAGUCGCAGCCUCCAUCGUCAUGCAAAAACGCAGUUUCUCAUGCGGAUUGCCUAUGAGAAAGAGUUUUGGGAAGUUGUCAUGCCGGACUGCAUUCGGAAGUGUCUUCAUCAUGCACAUUUUAGCAUCACAAGUUUCCAGACCCAGACAUUUUUACAUUUGAUACAAAUCUGGGUUCCACGACCUGAUGAACAUGUACAUCAUGUCCCGCGUCCUGGUCGCCUUCGUGAAGCGGUGCGCGGGAAGCAGCAACAGCAAGAAUGUGCUGCUCUUCAAAACCACGUCCUUCCAGCGCACCGUCAUCCGCCGCCUCUGGGCGGCCGUCUGUUGGGGCACGGUGCUGUACCAGUACCACAUGAAGUACCCCCUGACCAAUUCCCUCUACGAAUCCAUGCAGUACCUGUACAAGGACAGUCGCAUGCGCAAAAAGGACACUUGGAGGGACAACCUGGGGUCGCACGCCGACUGGUUCCCGCUGGUUGCCGCGCUGGUUUGGUUCUUCAAAGCCUUCCCCUUGCACGACGCGGCGCGCGCCCUGGUCUCCGGGACCACAACAACCAAACUCGGGGGCGGGGGCACUACGGCCGCAGGUGCGCCUAAUGUUCCCGCAGAGUCUACUGCAACUAGCCUCCUGUCGGGAGCGGACCGCGGGCUGAGUAGUUCCUCCCCGGACGACCUGUCUAGGAUCUCCAUCGCGGAAAAGCACGCAAUUUCGGCUCAGGAAUACGAGCGAAGGAAAAAUGUGCUACAGAGCGCGAUCAAGGAAAGCAGUUCCUCUUCGCUCAGUUCCGGUGUCUGGUCCAGUGGCGAAGACGAUCUGGAGGGCGGCGUGGGGGAAACGCUGCGGAGGCGCAGUAUCACGAAAGACAUCCACGAUCCACACAUGUCGUUCAUGAUUGAAAACAUGUAGGAGACAGAAUUUAUCUUCUUCUCCCUUCGCCGAGAUCGCUUUGUCUCACGCGUAAGUAUGGAAUCUGCAUAGUACAGCAGUAAACAAGAGCAAUGCUGUUGAUGUUAUAGCAGCACCGGCAUCGGCUUCUUGCUGUUGCUUCUUCUGGUGUUCGCGGACCGGGCAGCCAAGGUCCACGAAUCCCUUGGUCGAAUGGAACAGAUAGAAGAGGACCCCGGAAACUGGUUUCUUCUGUCGUGGCUUUGUUAUCGAG